UAAUGACUUUUAUGGCAGUUUAUUAUUAUGUAAGUAGACAGGCGUGUGACUAUGAAUGACCCAAAACUGAACGCUCCGGUAUGAUGAGUCUCCUUUAGCAAUGCGAAUUUCAGAAAGAGCCGCUCGUAUCGACUGCAUGGAAGCACGCUGAUCCUAUGCUUAUUGACCCCGUAUCGGUUGUGGCAAGAGCGGUCGGUUUGAGUGUCUAGAUCUGGCUUCUAGUCAUGCUUCAGCUCGGGGACGGACUCACUCUAUUCUCGGUGGUUUUUAUCGUGGUUCUCCUAGGGACCAGACGCGCGGUUUGGUCCACGGUGUUCACGGCCUCUGUCUACCUCUUUCUGGUGUUGUUCCGGUUUCCCCAGGUCCCGACCAGCCGUUCCAAACAAGUGCUGCGGCCCGGCUCUAGAGUCUCGGCGAGCGGCGUGUCAGUGGUGGCGCACCGCGGGGGUGGACAUGAUGCACCCGAGAACACCAUAGCAGCCAUACGGGCGGCCAGUGAGAAUGGAGCCACAGGUGUGGAACUGGACCUGGAGUUCACGGCUGAUGGGGUUCCCAUACUGAUGCACGAUGAGACUGUAGACCGAACCACAAAUGGAUCAGGUCCACUCAGCAAGCUGCUCUUCUCUGAACUCCGCAAACUAGAUCCGGCGGCCAAACACAGACUUCGUGACCGUUUCCUGGGUGAGAAGGUUCCAACGCUGCAGGAGGCCGUUGAGGAAUGCAUCAAGCACCAGCUGACCAUCUACUUUGACGUCAAAGGUCAUCCAGAUGAGGCGGCUGCAGCACUAAAGGAGUUAUUCCAGAAGUAUCCAGUGCUCUACAACACAAGUAUCGUCUGCUCAUUUGAGCCCAAAGUCAUCUAUAGGAUGCGACAGGCCGAUCCUGACGUGGUGACAGCAUUAACACAUCGGCCGUGGAGCUUGAGUCGUUUUGUUGAUGGAAAGCCCAAGUUCUCAUCCGCAUGGAAACAUCACUGGAUGCAGGUGCUGGACGUGCUCCUCGACUGGGCCCAUCAUCACCUGCUAUGGAACCUGUGCGGAGUCUCUGCCUUCCUGGUUCAGAAAAACAUAAUCUCCCAGGACUAUGUGCAAUACUGGGCUGAUCGAGGUUUGGAGGUGGUGGCCUGGACAGUGAACACAGCUGUAGAGAAAGAGUACUACCAGCAGCUACUGAAGAUCAACUAUAUCACUGACAGCCUCGUAGAAGACUGUGAACCUCACUAUUGAAAUUCAAACACACAAAUUUAUGGGAGAAAGAUUAAAACUCAAUUGUCUGAGAGAUGAAAUGACAUACAUAAUUACCUACAUUUUAUAUACAUUGGUUUACAGAUAUGAUUGUCCAGUUUCAGGUCAAACGGUAGUCAGAAACGUUUUUUCUUUAAAAGGAAUUAGUCAAUAAUUAUUUAAACCAGUAUAUUUGUACUAUUAAUUAGAAAUUGGUUCUAAUAAGAUAAUGUUUUAAGAACUACAACCCCAAUUCUGAAAAAGUUGGGACAGUAUGAAAAAUACUAAUAAAUAAAAAAAGAGUAAUUUGUAAAUUAUAUUCACACUUUGCUAUAUUGAAAUCACUACAACUACACAUUAUACGAUGCUUUACCUUGUGAAUAGUUUAAUGUACAGUAAUUUCAAAUCAGAUGAUUGCAUCAUAAUCCAAAAAGGUUGAGACCAUCGUGUGUUUACCAUUGUAAAACACCACCAUUUCCAAGUUUGUUAAGUUUAAAAAGUGGAAUUUUCCCCAUUCAUCCAUUAUGCAGGUCCAUUAUGCAGCUUCACAAUUGUACGGGGUCAUUGUUGCUGUAUGGUGUGUUUCAUAAUACGCCACACAUUCUCAAUUGGAGAUGGUCAGGACGGCAGACAGGCCAAUAUAACAACCGCACUCUCUGCUUACACAGCUAUGCAUUUAUAAUCCGGGCUGUACGUAGAUUGAAGAUGUCCUGCUGAAAAUUCUGGGAUGUCCCGGGAAAAAGCAGUGCAGGAUGGCAGUAUAUGCUGCUCCAAAAUUUGUACAUAUCUGUUUGCAUUAAUGGUGCCCUCUCAGAUGUGCAAGUUACCCAUGCCAUGGGCAGUUACACACCCCUGUCCCAUACAGACACUGGCUUUUGGACCUGACUCUGAUAACAGCUUGGAUGGUCUUUUUCCUAUUUGGCCUGGAAAACAUGAUGGUUGUGUUUCUCAAAAACUAUUUGAAAUGUGGACUCAUUGGACCAAAAACCACAGUUCUGUCCUACUUUCCAUCUAAGAUGAGACCGAGUUCAGUGAAGUCAGCAGCGCUUUUGGACUGUGUUGAUGUAUGGCUUCUCCUUUACAUACGGCAUUUUUCCACUGCAUGUUACGGUUCAACUCGACUCUACUCUCUUUACUUUCGGAGCUUGCUUUUCCACUGCUGUUUAGUACUGCCUCAACGUGGGUGGGAUUAUAGGCUGAUCGUCAUAGUUGCGCCGCCUCUACUACCGUGACAUCAUCUUAAACGUGACACAAAACAAUAACACGACCAAUAGCUGUUAGCUACUAGCUCAUUGUGCUGCAUAAAGCAGUUGUUGGAUGGUGAUUUUACACAAGUGUAACAGUUAAAUUGUCCUGGUUGUUUUAGAAGCAAGCUUCCAGUAGCUGGUCAACUAAAUAAAGUGAAGCUUUCAAGCAGAGUAUAGAGUUAACGUAACAAAACGUACCAUCCUCCAUCAUGGACUCCAACCGUUGCGGAGUCUAGGGCACUCUCCCUCCCAUUGCUCACCGGUCUAGAUAGCGUCCAUUUGGUCGAACCACUUCCACUUUUUUUUUUUUUUUUUUUACUUUUCCCUACACUGUUGGUAGGUAAGGUUGUAGCAUUGUCUCAGCUGUGUGGCCAACAGGUGAGAUACUUCCUGAAAUAAUUUUACACGAAUGGUGUUGACUAACAAAGGUUUACUAAAUUAAUCCCAAACCCAUGUUCAUGAUAUCCAUUACAGAUGAAUUAUGUUUUUUAAGACAGUGACGUCUGAGGGAUCAGAGAUCACACACAUUCAGAAGUGGUUUUCGUCUUGCCCUUUACGCACCGAGAUUUGACCAGAUUCCUUGAAACUUUUAACUAUAUUGUGCACUCUAGAGGGUGAAAUGCCCAAAAUCCAAAAUGCUGGAUUAUUUGCUGAUGCAUCUGUUGGCAAAUUGAUACAUUUUUUUUUUGGAGGCUCAUUAUACAGUAUACAGUACUAUGACACGAUUGCCUCACCUGUUAUACAUCUCCUGUUUCACAUCACCUUGUAAUUUUAACUCAUCAAAUGUAGUCAUAAAUUGCCCAUCUCAACUUUUUUGGAGCGUGUUACAAUCAUCUGAUUUGAAAUUACUGUACAUUAAAAAAAAAAAAAAAAGAAAUUCACAAGGUAAAA